AUGUGCGGAGGGAGCGGGGGCUGCCUUUGGCCGGGCCUGGCCGCGGGGGCGAGCCAGAGGCCCCCUCGAGGGGCCCCGCAAGCCCUGGGCAUCACCCAGGCUGCAGAAGGCGCAGGGCCGGCGGAGCGCUCUGACCCAGCGGGGGAAUCCCGCUCUCCCUCCCUGCAGAUGGAUCCGGGGAGGCCCCUUGGGCAGCCCCCUCCCCCUGGGAGAACAGCCCGCCUCACGGGGGUGGGGAGGGAGACAGUGACGUGCUCCCCUGUCCAGCUGAGGUGCUCUGUUCUUGUUUGGCAGACACUGGAGAGGGCCCUCCUGGUCUCUGCGGAGAGCAAAGGCCUUUCCCUCCGGGGCUCCUGUGAAGGCUCCCCACCCACCAGCUUGCCAGCCCGGAUCCGAGAAAUCAUCACCAAGAACCUGACCAGAGUGCGGCCUGCAGAAAUGUCAGCCUUACUUUCCCCGCAGGAGGAGAACCAGCUCUUGCAGCAGGAGCUGUCCCGGGUGGAGGACUUGCUGGCGCAGAGCCGUGCGGAGCGGGAUGAGCUGGCCAUCAAGUACAAUGCCAUCAGCGAGAGGCUGGAGCAGGCCUUGCGUCUGGAGGUGGGGGAGCAGGAAGCGCUGGAGGGCAAGGGCUUGGCCCAACACAAUAUUGAGCUGCGCCGGCGGCUGGAGGAGGAGCAGGCGGCCUACAAGCGCAAGCUGCAGGCGUACCAAGAGGGGCAGCAGCGGCAGGCACAGCUGGUGCAGAAGCUGCAAGGCAAGGUCCUUCAGUAUAAAAAGAAAUGUGUGGAGCUGGAGCACCAGCUGGGGGAGAAGUCGGUGGAGCUGGAGCAGCAGAACCUGGCAGCAAGCCGCCUGGCCAUUGCGGAGUCCCGCCUCCUGCGUCGCGAGGAGGAUGGCGGCGGCAGCAGCGACCUGGAGAACGCUCUCAUCCGCCUGGAAGAGGAGCAGCAAAGGAGUGCCAGUCUUGCCCAGGUGAAUGCCAUGCUGCGGGAGCAGCUGGGGCAAGCCAGCGCUGCCAACCAGGCCCUGAGUGAAGACCUCCGGAAGCUGACAGCGGAUUGGUCAAAGGCCCGGGAGGAACUGGAGCAGCGAGAGGGCGAGUGGCGCCGGGAAAAGGAGUCGUUCAACACGUAUUUCAGCAGCGAGCACAGCCGGCUGCUCAUGCUUUGGCACCAGGUGGUGGGGUUCCGGAGACACUUCAGCGAAGCGAAGAGCAUGACGGAGAGAGACCUCCUGGAGCUGAGUGGGGAGCUGUCGCGGUCCGGCCGUCUGGUGCACGCGGCCUGCCUGAACCUGAGCAGCAACCUGCGCCUGUCGGAGAGUGACACCCGGGCGGCCCUGGAGAAGCAGGUCCUGCUGAUUGCCCAGCUGGAGGAGCAGCUGAAGGACAAGGUGCACGACAUGAUCCAGCUGCAGGUCCGGUGUGAUGCAGAGAAGGCGGAGCUGAGCAGCAGAGUCAGUGAGGCCACCUCCAGCUUGGAGCGCCUGAAAGCCCAGAAUGCGGAGAAGGCCGACGCCCUGCAGGGGCUCAUGCGGAAGCUGGAGGUGCAGGAAGUGGAGCGUGCCCAGGAGCAGGCAGCCACGGAAGCGGAGGAGGGCAGGGCCUGGCGAACUGAGUCGGGACUGCUGCUGCAGCAGACCUUGCGAGACCUGGCUCAGGCAGUCCUCUCCGAUGCGGACAGUGCGGUUCACCUCUCCUCCACUGACCGGACCACGGAUGUCUCAGACAGCGACGUCACUGAGGUCAGCCUGUGUGCCUUCUCCAGCAGCCUGCGGACACCCUCUCCGCGGCGGCGCUCCUCUCCCCGCCGCAGCCUCUCCCCGGUUUUCUCAGACUCCACGUUCCUGGCAGUGCGCUCUGCCUUCCACAAGCGCCAGCUGCAGCUGCAGGAGGCCCGUGGGAAGUUUGAGGCCAGCCAAGACCGGGUGGCUUCCUUGAAGAGGCAGGUGGCCGAGGGCGACCGUGACCGCCAUUCCCUUGAGCAGAAGCUCCUGCAGCUGCGGGACGAGGUGGACAGCCUGGCACGGGCCAAGGAGGAUGCCCUGCAAGAUGCCAGCCACUUCCAGACAUCGGUGGAUCUUCUGGCCAGUGAGAAGACGCUCCUAGAGAAGAAGCUGGGAGGCCUGCAGGAGAAGCUCAACGUCUGGGGGAAGGAGAACGAGGAGCUCUUGCGGGCCAACCGGGACCUCCAGUGCCGCCACGAGGCCCUGGAGGCAGAGAAGAAGUCCCUCUUGGCGGAGCGGGAGCGAAGCCAGAAGGAGAGAGAGUGGGGGCACAAGCAGCUGGAGCAGCUGGAGGGGCAGAAGUCGGCCCUGAAGAAGGAGCUGCUGCUCGCCCGGGAGGCCCUCAGCCAAGCAGUCCUGGAGAAGGAGGUGGCCGAGAGCGAGAAGGCACAGGGGGCCGAUGCCCUGGCCCAGGCCGAGGGGAGCCACACGGAGCUGGAGCGGGCGGUGCGCAGGCUGAGGGCGGAGGAGGCCUCGCUGCGGGACUCCCUGUCCAAGAUGAGUGCCCUGAAUGAGGGGCUGGCCCAGGAUAAGGCUGACCUCAACCGGGUGGUCAGCGAGCUGGAAGAGGAGAAGGCAGCCCUCCUUGGAGGCCAGCAGGAAGCUGUGCGAGAGAAGGCCAUCCUUCGGCUGGAGCUGGUGCGGCUGGAGCAGGAGAGGCUGGACUUGGCUGCAAAGUGCCACACCUUGGGGCAGACACUGCAGGCUGCGGAGCAGAGCGUGGAGAAGCUGGAGGGGGAGCGCCUGGUGCUGCAAGGGGAGCAGGAACGGCUGCAGGGCCAGCUGGGCCAGCUUUCUGGCCAGAGGGACGCAGUGAAUGAGGCACUGGCCCAGGUGCACGGGGAGGUGGAGCGCCACAGUGAGGCCUUGGUCCGGGCAGCCAAGGAGAAGGAGGAGCUGAUGAAGGAGAAGAGUAGUCUGGCGGUCCAGCUGGCCGCCUUGGAGCGAGACAAUCGGGGACUGGCAGAGGAGAUCGCAGGCCUCAGGUCAGGAAAAGAUGCCUUGGAGACAACCCUUUUUGACGUCCAGCACUGCCUGGCUCAGGUGGACACCCGGAAGGAGCAGCUGGAGUCCCAGAGCCAGGCCUGGCUGCUGGCCAAGGAAGCCCUGCAAGUGGAGCUGAGCAGUGUCCGCAGGCAGAUGGAGGCUGAGGUGAGCCGGCUGGAGAGGGAGAAGCAGCUCCAGGCUCAACAGCUGUCCCAGAUGGAGAAAGAGGCCCAAGCAGCCCUGAGGACCAGGCAGGCAGCACAGGAAGAUGCCAUGUCCCACCUGCAGAGGGAGAAAGAGGCACUGAGGAGGGAGCUGGAAGGCGAGCGGGAGGAGCUGCUGGGCCGCUUGGCGCGGGAGCGGGAGGAGCUGCUGGCCCACCACGAGGCCGAGAAGGAAGAGCUGCAGGAGGAGCUGACGGCGCUGCAGCAAGAGCGGGACGAGGGCCUUCUGCUGGCAGAGAAUGAGAAGCAGCAGGCCCUCUCCCUCAAGGAAUUGGAGAAGACGGUGGUGCUGGAGAAGCUGUCGGGGGCCCAGCAGAGUCUGGCCGCCCUGGCUUUGGAGCUGAAUGGGCUCAAGCGAGAGGCCCAGAGCCGACAGGAGCACGAGCGGGCCGCAGUCACUGCCUUGAAGGCCGAGCUGCAGAGCCUGCGCAGACAGCUGGAAGAAGCUGCAGCAGGCCACGAGCAGGAGGCGAAGGCGCUUCGGGAGCAGGUCCAGGACCUGGGGAAGCAGAAGGAAUCUGCCCUCCGAGAGGUGGAGGAGCUGAGGAUGCAGCUACGCUUGGUGGAGGACACAAGGGACAUCAUGCAUCGGGACUUGCUGGAUGCUCAGCACCAGGUGCUGGAAGCCCAGGAGAGUCAGGAGAGCCAGCGCAAGGAGGCUGCGGGCCUGCACCGAAGCCUGAGUGACGAAGCCAAAGAGAAGGAGGCCCUGCAGAGGUCCAACGUGGAGUUGCGUGCCAGUAUGAAGCGUGCCGAGAGCGACCGCAUCAGUUUGAAGCGUGCCAACGAAGAGAAGGAGCAGAAGAUCGCCAUCCUGGAAGACGUGCAGGCCGCUGUGAGCAAGGAGGCAGCUGACCUGCGAAGCAGCCUCCAGGAGGUGGAGCGGUCCCGGCUGGAGGCCCGGCGGGAGCUGCAGGAGCUGCGGUGGCAGGUCAAGAUGCUGGACAGCGAGAAGACCAAGAAGCACCAGGAAGUGGCAGAACUUCAGGCCCACGUGGCUCGCGAGGAGCAGCGCGAGGAGGAGAGCAGGAGGGAGUCCUUCGGCCUCAAGCAGAAGAUUGUGGCCAGUGAAGCAAGCAGGGAGUCGGCCAGGAAGGAGGUUCACAGCCUGCAGCGGAAGGUGGCCGACCUGGAGCGUGACUUCCAGCGGAGAGAGAGAGAGUUGCUGGCACGGCUGGAGGAGGCCCGGGCCCAGGAGAGGAAGCUGGCUGGGAAGGGGCACAGCCUGGAGGCCAAGCUGGAGACCGCGCAGGCCGAGGUGGCGGCAUUGAGCCUGCGCCUCAGUGCGGCAGAGGGGCGUUCCCAGGGCCUGGAGGCUGAGCUGUCCCGCGUGGAGACCCUGAAGCGAGCGGUGGAGUUCAGGCUGGGCAGCCUCUCCUCGGCUCUGCGGCGCACCCUGGGCGUUGGCCGGAGGGGCCCUGGCCCCAGCUCCCCCCCUCCCAGAGCAAGCCCUUCUCUCUUUCCCUCGCUUGCUGUGGCUGCAGGUGGGCCGAGUAGCCCCGGCUCCCGACCCCCGUCUCCAGAGCCUGCCAUCUCCCUGGGCCGCAGUGAGCAGCUGGCAGCGGACGUCGACCCAGAAGCGGUGCAGGUGGCGCUCCGGGACUUCCUGCAGGAGCUGAGGGCGACGCAGCGAGAUCGGGAGGAAGCCCAGUCUCAGCUAACCGCCUUGAGACACCAGCUGGCUGACCUGGAGGGACAGCGGGACGUGGUGGGGGCCCAAGUGCAGCAACUGCAGAAGCAGCUGGCCGAGUGCAGUGAAGGGAGGCGCACUGUGGAGGGGAAGCUGAGCAGUGCCCAGGCAGCCCUGAUCGUGCAGGAGGAGACCCUGUGCCGAAAUGAACGGGAGCAGGCAGCUUUGCUGGACAAGGUGGCGCUGCUGGAGCGGAAGCUGCAGGCGACCGAGGAUGAGAGGAGGGCUGCGCAGGAGAAGCUUGGCAAGAUGAAGGCUGGCGAGGCCAAGCUGGAGGCGGACAAGCAGCGCCUGAAGGCCAUUUUGGAUGCAGCCGAGAGCCGCUGCACCCAAGUGGAGCUGUCAAGACGCUCAGUGGAAGGAGAGCUGCAGAGGGCCCAGCUGGGGCUCUCCGAUCGCCAGGUGGAGCUCCAGGAGCUGCGGGACCAGGUGGACACUCUGCAGAGACAGGUGGCCGAGGGGGAGACAAGGGCUGGUGCCCAGCAGCUGUCCUUGGACCGCCUGAACCUGGCGCUGGUGAAGGCCGUGGAGAGUGAGAGCUCCCUCCGGGAGAAGUGGCAGGCUCUCUCUGCCUCCCUGAUGGAGAGCAAGGCCACUGGCAGUUCUGCCCAGGAGAAGGCACUGGAGCUACAGAAGGCACUGACGGCCAGUGAGCACGAGCGGCGGGUGCUGCAAGAGCGGUUGGAGGUGGCCCGCCAGGCCCUCUCUGGGGCGAAGAAGGAAAGGGGGCUGCUGGCAGAGCACCUCCAGGCCUUGAGGGCGGAGCAGGCGGAGUUGCAACGGCAGAAAGAGGAGCUGGGCAGUCACCUACGGCAACAAGAAGAGCUGCUGCGCCAGCGCCAGGAGGGCGAGGCGGUGGCCCUGAAGAAACUGCAGAAGGUUCAGGAAGACAAGCGCCUCUUGCAGGAGCGGCUGGGCAGCGUGCAGAAGGUCCUGGCGCAGGUGGAAAGUGAGAAGCGAGAAGCCGAGCGGGCCUCCCUCCGGCUGGAGAAGGACAAGGCGGCCCUCAAGAGGAUGCUGGACAAAGUGGAGCGAGAGAAGCUCAAAACUCACGAGGAGUCCGUGUGGCUGUCAGCUGAGAAGGGGCGUCUGGAUCGCUCCCUCACCAGCGUGGAGCAGGAGUUGGCUGAGGCCUGUCAGCAAGUCCAGCUGCUGGAGGCACAGGUGGUGGAGCUUGAGCGGGCCCCAGGACAGCAGAGCGCAGCAGCAGCGGAGGCUUCUCUCCGGGGGGAACUGGGCCGCCUGCGAGGCUCCCAGCUGCAGACAGAGUGCAAGCUGGAUGCCCAUGAGCAUGUCCCCUGGCAGUGGGGCCGAGGGCUGGAGGAGCAGGUCCUGAAGCUGAAGGAGCAGCUCCACGAGGCCCGGGAGGGGCAGCCCAUCUCCCCGGGCAAGUAG